GCGCCACCAGCUCGGAGAGGUUGAACUGGGUCCGGUUCGUGCUGGUCUACUCCAGCGUGGCUGGGGUUCUCGCCGAUUUGGUCGGCAGCAUCCACCCCAGCGACUACAGCGACGUCGUCAUCCGCGGGAUGAUUACAGAGGGCCUCAAGCCAGGGGAUUUCCCUUUGAGUGGCGAGGCCUUCCCUGAGUCCUGGAAGUCGCUGAAGUUCACGCCGGCGCAGAUCGUGCACACCGUGCGCGUUCAGGGCAAAUGCGUCGCCCAGGUCAUGCGUGACUUCGCGAAACAGGCAAGCACCCAGCCCAAGAAGGGUCUGUCUUUCAGCUUGGCAGACCGGAUCCGCGAGGUCAGUCUGCAUGACUUCCCUUCGGAGGCGUUGCCCUCCGAGGAGCUCGCCGCGAAGUGGGAAGCCGGCGGCCGCGCUGCCGCCGACCGCGGCCGGGCUUACGUCGGCGGCGCCGACGGUGACGACCUCCAGGCGGCCCACAGGCCCCCAUGGAGCCGCACGCCGGAGAUCGACGGCUCCCGGCGGGCCCUGGGAGGACCGCAUGCGUGCGUCGCUCGAGAUGCGCCGCGGGCGAACGCAGGAGGACCGGUGCACUACGUCGGGUUCGCUACUUUUCUGGGAAACGUGAUGACGUGGGGCUUGAAGAUCUGCAUCAUGAAGGUUUGCUCUGCGUCUGAGGUUUUGGGUCGCGUGUUCUUGCUGACCCGGGUGGCCGAAGAGUUCGGCGGCGUGCGCACGGCUUAUUUCUACGACUGGCUUGCGCCGCGAGCGCAGAUGGCCAUGAGCCGCGCCGGCAAAGCUGCAGCCAAAGGCACUGCGGCACCGACGCAGGCCAAAGGUAACAGCGGCACGGCCAGCAGCAGCAAGCAGCCCACCCCUAAGGGCGGCGGCAAGACCAGCAAGGCCGACACCGGCAAAGGCCGUGCUCCAGUCUCUCCACAGCUGAACCGUUCCAGGAGCCCCCCGGCCAGCCAGGCCAACCAGAACGGCAGUGGCAAGCAGCGCAGUGGCAACGGCUGGGGCGGCUG